UGUAAUGUCUCAUUUGUACUUGAAGGGGAUAAACUUGUGACCUGUCUUUUAGCUACGCUAGUCACAACUUCAUCGGGAGACGUCCGAAAGUUUUGCAGAGAGAUGUCGUCCCCGACUGAUCUACGGGACAGUGGUUCACCCGAAGCCGUGAGUCGAGACCGAGCGAUGGAGGAGCGCAAAGCCCAAGUCUCAAGUCACCCGUUCAGCGUGGAGUCGCUAAUGUCAGGCUGUAAGAGUCACAAGGAGUCGCCAACCAAAGCAGAGGACGCGCCGUGGAACACUUUUGUACGGACACACUCCGUUCUUUAUCCCGGUAGGGACACGUGCAGUCCGGAGGGAAUGAGAACGCACAUCACUCCAACUUCACCGGUCAAACUCGAGUCGCCGGAGUCGGAGGACGAUUGCAGUUCUUGGCCAGCGAACUCCAAAUUCUCAUCACAGUCACGCCAGGUGAGUGCUGCCUGCCUGCUGCGAAAACACAAGACCAACCGCAAACCUCGCACACCCUUCACUACCUCGCAGCUGCUGGCCCUGGAGAGAAAGUUCCGGCAGAAGCAGUACCUGUCCAUCGCCGAGCGGGCCGAGUUCUCCAGCUCGCUCACUCUCACCGAGACCCAGGUGAAGAUCUGGUUCCAGAACCGCCGGGCCAAGGCCAAGAGACUGCAAGAGGCCGAGCUGGAGAAGCUGAAGAUGAGCUCCAAGCCCCCGUUACCCCCAGCCUUCGGCCUGCCGUUCCCCCUCAGUGCUAUGUCUCUGUAUGGACAGACGUACCCCUAUCACAGGCCCCUGGUGCCCCUCACCCCCACCGCACUCUACAGCACGCCACUGGGCUACAGCAUGUACCCCCUCUCUUGAGGGACAAACACACACACGCCGUGUGUAGUGCUUCUUUUUUAAAGGUAGCUUGUAUAAUCUUUUUGUUUGUUCGCUUUGUAUGUGUGCGUGUGUGUGUGUGUGUGUGUGUGUGUGUGUGUGUGUGUGUGGACAGUUCAUAAUUGCCCAGCUGUCGGAGGGUUUCUGUCUCAAACAAGAUGGAUUAUGAAGCUACAAACCUUGUUCUGGCGAAGACCGAUCUGCUCGUCUUUUUGUGCUGUCUAUGGAUGGAUUUUUUUUCUCACAAAGCCAAAUGACUGCCACAGUCUCACAACCAGCGCAUUUUGUUUGGUAGAGUAUUUCAACAGCACUUCCAAAGGAGGCCAUGAUGUCCCAUGGACAUGUGUGUACAGAAACAGUGCCACGGGAAUAUCGCAUUCUGUCUUUGGCCAUAAUGACGUGCCCUUUUCUGAUAUUGUGUGAUGAGACAACUCUUUUUUUAUUAUUUAAAGUGAAGUUUUAGUCAAGUUGAACUUGUCUCUACUCCAAAUUAAGUGGGUCGGAUUUUUACUGGGCUCCAGACCAAAACAAACCAUUAUUGAGGUGAUACUUCAUGAAAAUGUAAACUAGAGUUUUAUUUUCUGUGAAUUUGUUCUUUUUACUUAGAAAUGUCAAAUUCUCCUGGCACGACAGUCAGCAGUGUUUGUUUCGUUUUAGUUUUAUUUAUUUCCUUAUUUCAGAGAGAUGACUGGUCAGGGUCACAGAUUUUGAGAGCUAUAUUUUAUCUGUAUUUAUACUGUCAAUUUUAACUGAAUCCCAAAUUUGAAGGGGUUAUCUUUGUUACACAGUUUGUUCACAAUUUAUAAACCUAUAAAAACAUCUAUUUUA